UGCGUGACAGAAAAGUUGCUCUAUUUUGCUAAUGUCUGACGAACCCAUUAUUAUUAUUUCCAUGUAUUUAACGAUAUAUUACGUGGAUUACUCAUCUUUAGAACAAGGUUAUAAACUAAUUGUUUAAAAGUUCAACAUCUUUAUUAACUUAAUACACUGUGAUCAAAGUCAGCUGACGAACGUAAACAAAGGGCAUGUCAGUAAUCUAUGAAGUGGCGAAGAAGAUACAAAGUGCUUUGUGAUAUUAAAUUAAAUAUAAUAUAUUUUACUAACAUUAAUUAUGGAUAUCGAUGGCUCGUCAAUCCCCGGCGAGAUCGACCAAAAUUUACUCUUGCAAUUUAGUUGUAUGAAUACAACUGAUAGAGAUGAAUUAAUAAGCCAAAUGCAAAGGCUUCUAGGUCCCAGUCUCAGUUAUAAUACGGCUAGUUUUUUCUUGGAUAUGAGCAAUUGGAACUUGCAAGCUGCAAUAGGUUGUUAUUUAGAUUACACUUUACCUCCGAAACUUCCAUCAAUGUCUUUGAAAGCUGCUCAAAAUCAUGAUGCUGCAGUUGGUCCUGGAUCAUGUUUUGAACAGAAUUGGAGCAUUGCCAACACUGGGACUGAGGCAUGGCCAGGUAGCUGCAGACUAAUACAGGCAGGCGGGGAGCCCCUGGCUGCUACGCCUCAGUUUGUGCCUCCACUCCCUCCAGGACAUUCAACAACUGUCACCAUGAAACUAGUAGCUCCAAGUUCACCUGGAACCCAUAGAGGUUAUUUUCAUUUAGUCACUGAUAAAGGUGACCAAAUAGGAGAUACAUUGUGGGUGGAAAUUACUGUUGAGUCAGAAAUGACUAUGGCCUUAGUUGAACAACUGGCUGCUCUACCCGUCCCUAGCAGUAGACAAGAAGAUUCAGCUACUCAGAUGCCACCAGAUGAUCAAAUGUGUUGACAUUUUGGUAAAUAUGAUUUAUUCACGGGAGAAAACACCACAGUGCAACACAAAAAAUUAUUGUUUUCCCUACUUUUUCUUUACUUACUGAAAAUUAUUACACCUCCCUAUAUUUUCGAAAUCAUGUAAUAAAAAUAAUACAUUGUAUUUUUAAGCAAUAAUUUCACAAAAUAUGCCUUAAAGGAAUUUUAUAUUUAUAACAACAAUUUUAUUUUAUAAUACAUUUAUAGCAUAUGGGAUGAUAAUGCAAAUAUGUACAUCAUUAAAAAAAUCUUUAUCUUACCAGCCUUUCCUCAUUGUCACACAGGUUCAUUUCUUCUUUUACAUGAAAGUUGUGACUCACAACUUGUGAAACCGAAUAGGUAUAUGUUAUCUCUUUGAACUUAAUUCAAUUUUCUUGCUUAAUUUUCGUUAUUUAUUGUCAAAUGAAAUUAUUUUUUAAGGUUUUAAGCAUGUGAAUUUAAUCAAAUUACAUUGAAAAGCCUAUUUUCAUAACGAAAAUUGUGCUAUUUUGGAAGACAAAUCUUUGGGUAUUAUGUAUAUGUAUAACCAAAUCUAAAUUUAGAUUUGGUUAUCACUUAUCAGGGUGCUCACAAAUCAGUAAUAAAAUAAUAUUCAAUAAGGUUGUAAUUUAUUAUUCUUAAAUGCUCACAACAUCACAAAGCAAUACUGUAGAAUACCCAAAUAUGGUUUAAUGUCUAAAGUAAACCAGACUUUGUUUUACAGUACACAAAAGUUAAAUAGAUUUUAGGUAUAUUAAAUUUAGGUACACUAUGUUAUUUAUUUCGUUUGGGACGUUUAGUGUAGUCUCUACUUAAAAUCUGCUAAAUACUUAAGCAUACAAUAAAUUUUGAAGCAAGACUAAAUUGUACUAAAGAAUUAAUGUACAAAAACUCAUUAAUAUACAUAGCUCUAAAAGUUGAUUGUAGCUGUAAGAUGAAAAUAUGAAUUUGUUGGGUAUUGUUGAAGUUUUACAAAAGAUAUGUGAUGAUGGAUUUUUAUCAUUGUAACAUUAAUUAAUUAAUUGUACUUUAUUUUUAAUAUUGAAUUGCCAUUUGGGGUUAUUUCAUAUAAGCAUGUAAAGUUAAAAUAAAAUGGUUGCAAAGAAAGUU